CACAUUUCUCAACUAUUUUAAUUAUUCGUACCAUAUUGUGUUUGCGUCAAGAGUGUUUUUAAAAGUGCCUAUUUUUGUAUUACAUCUUAUGGUUGAGUACCGCCACGUUGUGGCACGCCGGUUCCUAUGGGAUGAUACAUUCUAGAUACAUAAUAUAAUAGUCUAGUAUAGAGCCGCUCCUCAUUCCCUACAUAUAGAUUCUCGGUCGGUGAUCUCAAGCGUUUGAGUAUACAGAUUGAGAGACGCGUGUAGUACGUGUAUUGUGUGUACAUCAUCCACGAGAAAAGGGGAGUGAAUUGCAUUGUGUUGUCCUGCAGGCUCGUUAUCGUCCGAUGGAAUUCCAGCUCUGUAUUCAGGAGCGAAUUCCAAUUCUGCUCUGUUGGAGUUUAGGUUUGAUAUCCGGAUGUGAUGUUACGGCUACUUUCGCAAAAUUUAAUUAUCUUUACUAAGAAUUCGAGGUCGAUGAACUUUCUUAAAGUAUUUCACGAAUUAACGAUUUCUGACAUACAGCUGUAUGGAAUUACAUAGUUUAUUUAUUUUUUUAAUGAAAGAUUAUUAUACGUGCUACAUUUGAGUUAACAUUUUUGUCUCUUGUCGGAACAAUCGUCUCCUUCUGUGGAGGUUAUCAUCCAGAUGCAUCCUACGUAACAGUAGAUGCAACGUUACCCUUAUCAUGCAUGAUACACCUGCUCCACAUACAUCAGACACAUCUUCUCGAUCCACCGGAUGUUCAAAAUGUAUCCGUCUCCACUGCCUUCGUGAGUAAUCGGAAAAGGCGAUCCAUCACCGUCUUCCCAUACAAAUGACAUAUCACCUUGGCAUCCUGCAAAAUGGGCGUAGACGCUUGCGAAUUCUCCGUUAGGGAACCGUUGGGAAAGUAGCAAGUAAUUUCUCUGCGUUGAGUAUGGUGCUCCCAUCGCUCAUGAUCACGGUAUCCAUGUAUAACGCGUAUUUUCAGAAUGCGAGGAAAGAACCGUGGAAAGCAGAGGACAGAGGGAAACGUGCUGCGACGGACAAUUGAGUGAGAAUAAAGAGAGAAGCAGUAUCGAUAGGUGUGUGUAAAAGUGAGACAACGAUAGUGCAGUCUAAGGAGUAACGGCAAAAAUUGAAAGCACAAGAAACACCGGAGAUCGCUGACAACACAACAAUCAGAACUACGAGAAGGAAUUUACUACAGAAUUCAUAGUCAGCAGCACCACGUGGCACACCAACUAACCUGGCCGGAUUGCACAUUCUGCCAGGACUAACGGGGAACGUCAUCCCUUCGAUCAUCGCUUUAGGAAGAAAAAGGGAUCUACCCUUGCGGUGGCCAGGGCCGCAGAUGGGAGCUGGUUUCCCAGUGCCCGACAGGGUGAUUAGCCCCACAGUACGAACCUCGCGCGCAUUCCUGUCAUCCACGCUUCUUCAAUUUGUCCAGCUUCUACGAAAUCUUCUUUUACUAUUUCUUGUGCGCGAUCUCCCUCACGCGUGGCACGAUCUUCCGCAUUUCUCUCUACUUCGGCCACGAAAACUCGAUCAAGCUGGAAUUGAUGGAGUUGGAGAACAUCGUAGCCAACACUGUGUACCUCAAAGCGAGAGAAGGCGGUGGUGACAGCAAUAAAGGAAAGAGCAAGAAAUGGCGGAAGAUCCUGCAGUUUCCGCACAUAUCACAGUGCAUUGGCCUAAGAGAUAAGCUGGAUAUACGAUACAGCUAUGUCGUGGAUCAGCAGCCUAUCGGUAGGCUGCUAUUCAGGCAGUUCUGCCAGGAUAAACAACCUGCGUCUCAUCGUUACAACCUCUUCCUCGACGCCAUUGUGAAGUACGAGAUUGAAAUGGACGAAAAUCGAACGGAACUCGCAAAGGACCUCUUCGAGCAGUACCUGAGGAACGAGGGAUCCGAGGUCGUGGAUAUCUUGAACGACUCUUUGAUCACUCAGUGCGAGGAGCGACUUGGUUCCGGUGGCAAGGAACUCUUUGUCGACGUCGCUCAGACUGUCAAGAGUUUCCUGGCUGGAGAACCCUUUACAGCUUUUCUAACAAGCUUCUAUUUCUACAGGUAUCUUCAAUGGAAGUGGUUAGAAGCACAGCCUGUAACCUACAAGACCUUCAGGAUGUACCGGGUGCUGGGUAAAGGAGGUUUCGGUGAAGUCUGCGCUUGUCAGGUUCGUGCCACUGGGAAGAUGUAUGCCUGCAAGAAGCUGGAAAAGAAGAGGAUCAAGAAACGCAAGGGCGAAGCAAUGGUGUUGAUAGAGAAGAACAUUCUUCAGAAGAUUAACUCGAAAUUCGUAGUGUCGCUGGCGUACGCUUACGAGACAAAGGAUGCUCUUUGUCUAGUUUUAACUAUCAUGAAUGGCGGUGACCUAAAGUUUCAUAUUUAUAACAUGGGCGGCGAGCCUGGUUUUGACCUAAAUCGGGCGAUGUUUUACGCCGCUGAAGUCGUCUGCGGUUUGGAACACUUACAUCAUCAAGGUAUCGUCUACAGAGAUUGUAAGCCGGAGAACAUCCUAUUGGAUGAUCAUGGCCAUGUAAGGAUAUCCGAUCUAGGACUUGCUGUUGAGAUCUUGGAAGGCGAUAUGGUCAGAGGACGGGUAGGCACUGUGGGAUACAUGGCCCCGGAAGUCAUAGACAAUGAAAAGUAUACCUUCAGUCCAGAUUGGUUUAGCUUCGGGUGUCUUCUUUACGAGAUGAUCGAAGGUCAGGCCCCGUUUAGAGCGCGCAAGGAGAAGGUCAAGCGGGAAGAAGUCGACAGACGCGUCAAAGAGGAUCAGGAAAAGUAUUCGCACAAGUUCAGCGAAGAGGCUAAGAGUCUUUGUCAACAGCUUCUCAAAAAGAAUCCUAAGACCAGAUUAGGAUGCAAGUGCGGCAGACAUGGCGCAAAGGAUGUCAAACUUCACAGUUUCUUUCAGUGCUUGAACUGGAAGAGGGUGGAGGCUGGAAUUUGGGAACCGCCAUUUGUACCGGAUCCGCACGCUGUUUAUGCAAAAGACGUUCUUGACAUCGAACAAUUCUCCACUGUCAAGGGUGUCAAUCUAGACGCUACAGAUGACAGUUUUUAUAGCAAAUUUAAUACCGGAAGCGUGUCCAUUCCAUGGCAGAAUGAGAUGAUAGAGACUGAGUGUUUUAAGGAAUUGAAUGUACUUGGACCGAAUAACACACCUACGCCUGAUUUAUUAAUAAAUCAUCCUCCACCGAACAACGAGAACAGGGGUUGCUUCCCAUUUCGAAGAAAGAAGAAGCAAAGCGCACGCACCCGAGAGAUACCCGUGUCGGAGUGUCAUCUCCUCGAGCUGUCGCAGAGCCAAAGCUCGGAAAUGCCAGCCAGCUGAUCCAGGAUGAACUCCGUAAACCUGGAAACGCCGACGGCUUCGCGACGCCAGCGACGACGUUCGUCGUCGCGAUGUUGCCUGCAGUUCUCGUGAAACAAUCCUCAACUCGGCGCGCGUCCCGCUCCGACGAAACAGCAGACUACUCUUAUGCACGGUACGAAGGUCAACACCGUGUAGGUGACAAUCCUCAUAUAGAGAGACAGAGAAUAUAAGAGAUAGAUAGAGAAAGAGAUAAAAAGAGACACGACAGGACGAGUCACCUUCAAUAACGAUGUCUUGCUUUACACUAGGAACUGUUUAAAGUCCUCGGUGUCGUUAAAGCGUUCAUUGGUUCAACGAGUAGGCGAACUUUUCUUCCACUUUUCCAACCACGGAAUAUAUCGAUAAGAAUUCGCGUUAGACAAAGUCCGAUAUACACACAUGACACUCGCUCGACGUCCUAUUCAAUGAAAUUUUAAGAAUUACCUUAUUCGACUAAGUGCUCUUUGUUCGUCAUUGUUAUUUGUAUCACCCGUAUCUGGCUGCUUGACAAUUUACUUGAUUACGUUCGCCUUAGAAUUUCAUGCAUACUCCAAGAACACACUCGGAGUACUUUUAUAGUAAAUCCAGUAAGAAAUUAUUCACCGAUGAAUCGCUACCUGAGACAUCCGAUGCUCAGGUAUUUUUAUUCUGGUGGGGCGACAGCACGGUUUCCAUACUUGAACCAUUUGACGGAGAUACACGUUUGUAUUACGUAUAACAGGAAUCUGUGAAUAAUUACGAGUUUUACUAAAUAGUGAUGACGAAGCAAAAAGUGCGUGAGUGGUGCUCAAGUGAAAGUGACUAGAAUUUACUUAUCUUUCUUUUCAUGGUAAUAUGUAGAAGACGCGAGGCAAUGGAAAACGACACAAAAAAAUAUGUGAACAGGAGGGCGCGAUCGUUUAGCUCGUGACGCUUGCGACUACCGUAAAUUAAUAUACUCGUUCAAAUAAAUCAAAGGUCUGAACUGAAAAUAGUCACGCUAGGAGAUAAUACUAAUCCUAGCAAAGCGUGGGAGGGUAACUUUAGUCACAAAUAGUGAUUUCUCAUUAUAGGGAGUCAUCUUUUAGGAUUCACAUUAGCUCGCAGUAAGGGGCUGGGUUUGGGUGGGUGGGAGGGUUAGGGUGUAAAAAAGUUACGUACCUAGAUAAUUCGCAUACCCGUAUGCAUAAUUAGAAUUAAAUGCACGGGAUUUGGACAUUUGCAUAAGGAAGACAGUGCUUUUGUCUCUUCCUAAAAUCACAUUCGAGCGUAAUCAUCGAAGCUAUACUUGAAAGUAAAUUAAUGAAAUUAAUAGAUUUCUUUUAUUUAUUUCAAUAUGCCGCAAACGUUACUUGACUAGCCUGUCUUCCUGUCUCUAUCCGCGAUUUACAAGUAAAUAACGAAUGCAUAAACCGAUUAGCUACACGAAUUCGGUUUUUCGUUACGUAAACUAUUUAUUCAUGGCCGUUAAAAAGAAUCGGUAAUCUUGCGUAGAUUUUUACCCGUAUUUAACGAAAGUUAGGAGAAACGAAAAGUAAGAAAACAAUGAAUUCAAAGAAAUCGACUGACCAUGCACUACUGUACGAAUUACUUGCGAUUUCGCACGACGUCGUGACGCGUUUCUGACUUCCCGAAAUCAAGGAAGUUACGAAUCACGAUGUACACCGGUAGGCUCUUGUUUUUUAACGGUGAAUAAUCGUGACAUCGACACUUUAUCUCUCGGUUUUCUGUUUACUUCGAGAGAUUUCAUAAGACUAUGGUAAACGCCACGUAUCGGAGUGAUCUCGCGAGCAUUACUCGUUUACUUUUACAUUACGUUAACACAAGGUACCUCGGCAGUGGUUCGUUAUCGUUUAAGCAUAGCGUUACGUAACACGAGGUGUACGUUUUUUUUUUAUGUAACGCAUUAAUUUUAAUUUCGUUGACUUUAAGACUGUACACAUACGUAUUGUUAUACCUGUUCGCUUCUUUGUUGUUUGUUACAACAACAAAAAUGAAAGACUCAUAUUCAUGUUUCUUUAUAGGACUAAAAAACAGUUUUCAAUCUCAGAUUAAAUUUUGACAGCAUGAAUCUAACAAACGGAAGAAGUUCUGUUAUUCAGUAUACGACAAGUUCAAUGUACUUUCUUUACUUCGUCCUUUUGUUCAGUCCGAAAUGUGAAUAUUGCGUCACUGCCGAAGAUAGUACGACUAAAACCGCAUUUAGGUAUACAUAAAAAAGUCACCGUUUAGCAUAACCAAUGUUUUGUGGUAUGGAAGGAGAUAAGGCCACAUUGUAAUUUCGACUGUUACGCAAACGGAUAAAGUACCAGAGGAAUCCCGUUUGCGGUACGAGAUCCUUGAAUACACAUGCAGAAUUACAAGAACAAAAAGGGAAAAGCGAAAUGAAGCCAAUGAGAGAAAAGAAAUAUAUCACGGACAUUUCAUGGAAUCAGUUUAGUACAGAAGAUGGGAGCGAAGGGCAAUUAUGAUUAUCUAACUAAAAAGAAAGGAAGAGUUAUUCUUUUGUCUUGGAACAAAAUCGUGAUCGUUAAGCGCACCAUCACCUUACCACGCACAAGCACCCGCACCCCCCGAUGACGUUACGAAUGAAGUAUAACGUCAGUUUAGCCGCUUAGUAAAUUGUAUUGUAAAAUAUUAACGAAUCGAAUUAUUCUAGAGCGAUGGGAUUGUUUAAUUGACUGAACUUUCCUAUUGUAAGAAAUUAACAAUGCACUUCAAUAGGGUUACAAUAGUUGAUGAUUUUAAGGAAUUCAGGAAAAAAAAUAUCAUUGAUAAUUCAAAUGUGCUAAUCACAUGUGAUAACAUUCCUGUGUCGUUUGUCAGUGGCGUGAAAGAAAAAUAUUUUAUCGUAUAUCGUAACCGUAUCGGAGUGUAUUGAUUCACGUAACGUAAUGUCUGUUUUAAGUUAACGUAACGAGAAUAUACUGUCCUAUUUAAUCUCGUAAAUUUCGUUACUUUAGGGAAAAGAAAUGUUAUUGACACAUCGUAUCGUGUAAUCUUCUCGAUACGUUACCUUAUUUAACGUCGACAAUCCCAUCUGCCGUACCGGUCUGUGUAAUAGUAAGCGUGACGAUGUAUAAUGCUUAAGCGAUAACGAUAGUAACUUAGGUUAAUUAUACUUAGUCGUAACGAGGACAACGCGCGAGGCGAUUUAGGCGCUUGGAGGGAUGAAAAACGGCUGUAACGAAAAUCUGUCUCGUCCAGCGUUUCACCCGUUUACCUCACAGAGUAGUGCAAUUUUUAAACCUCUAUCGUCUUAAUUAUUGCAAUCAUCGCUGUGAAUUACCGUGAAUCAUCAUGAUCGUUUCGCGUGAAACAAAUUACUCCGUUGUUAAGUAGUCCAUUGUUAAGUUCCCACGUUAUCAGAAGCAUCACUGCGAAACUCGUACAACGUGUAAUUUUUCUUACGCUUUCACAAUCCUGUUAUCACCGUAUACUGUUUCACGGUUAAAUCAACUCGCAUCUCUAAUCAUUAAUUAUAUCUGCAUUAGACUGGAAGAGAGCUUCCUAUGAUUUUUCAUUGUUUCUAGAAAGUAUCUUCUUGUAGUUUCUUUGUCAGUUUCUCAUUCUAACAGAGGAGACUCUUUAAAAUUAAACGAUUUAACUUAUCUGUUAUACGUCACGCCAUACCAACCGCGUCGAUUUAGCUCAAAGAUCGAAAACAUUUCUCUAUAUUUUUUCUCUUCUUUCUUUUAUCUUGUAUAUAUAAUUAUUUUCCUGUUUAUAUCGCGUGAACGUAGAUAGGCAAAGUCUUAUAAUUUUAUGCUGGCUGGAAAUAUUAUUUUAAUUCUUUAUUUUCAUCCAGAAUUGCUUAACUGUGCUCGCUCGACGAAACACGAUGACGCUAUACGAAAAUAGAUCUAUAUGUUUCUUGCUCAAGCCUCAUGUUGACAUUGUGAAAUAAUCUAUCCUUCUUUUCGAUUCUCGUGCAGGGAAUUGAUACGGUUCGAAUACCCUAACCUUUGAGUAGUAGAUAAAUCUUUUUUUUUUUAAAGGAGGAUAAGGAGGAGGCGUAAAAUUGUCGAAAUUUGACGAGAGUAUGAAAAAGAAAAAGAGAAACUAGCGAGAUUGCAUGAUGCAAGUAAGAGUGCGCGUUUACGUGUGAAUGAGAAAAUGGCGCUGAAUUUCAUUAACCCAAUGUGAACUUUUGAAAUAUUUAUAUUUCAUCCUUUUAUAUUCGAACGCACAAUUCUUGUGAAUUCCCACGUGGGAUUAUACUUUGUUUCGCACAAAUCGCAUACGCACAUUGUAAUUACAGUACAAAACUUGGAAAUUUAUAUUCCAAUGCCAUUCUACCCCCCCCCCUUUCACCCCUCGUUAUUACGAACGUUCUAGUGUAGUUCCGAAAUAAGAAGUAUCUCACUGACAGGACAAAUAAGCGAUCCAUAAGUAAUGGAUAAUCAAAAAUUAAUCGGACUAAUAAAACAGUUUGGAAUCCCACAAUGGAUAUUUUCGUAAUGUGACAAUUUUCAUUAUGAAUUAAAUGCCUCACUUUCGAAUGAUUAUAGAACGCAUGAGAAAGAGAGAGAGAGAAUGAUAAAAAGAAACUGGUAAGAAUGCGAAAACAAUUUUUGGAUUUCAAUUGAUACUUCAUACACAUAUUUUUCAUUGACUUACCUCUGCGAAAUAGCUACCACGCUAAUUACUAACAUUCCACGUCAGUGUCUGUCUGUCAGCUUGCCUGUCUGUCUGUCUGUCUGUCUGUCGGUCUGUCUGGAAAGAAGUGAUUGAUUUUCCUUAGGACAUAAGUGCAAUGUCGUUCAUCAUAAGCGCUAAAUAUAAUAAAUACCGUCGUGCAUACGUAUUACACGCGUUAAAGCAGUAUGUAAGGAUAUAAGAAAUUGAAAAAAAAAUCGCACAUUAAGGUCAAUCGACUACGAGGAACACAAAUAUGAAUGUUUCUUCGAUGCUUUUUUUUUUUUGAAAAAUUCGUCUCUGCUGACGAUCCACGAUUUCUUUUUGUAUAUAAAGUGGAAGAGACAAGUCAUAGACUACGUUGAGACGCGUAUUAUAGACUCGUAGUCGUUGUUGUCUUGACAGAACGAAAACAAAUGCGUGUAUUUAUAAUUAUUUAACUAACUAAUUAUUGUGCAAUCUUUGAACCUUCCCUCGUUUCCUUAUUUCUCUCUCUUUUUCUCAACCAGUAUUCCCUUUAUCAAACCUUCAAUUUCUUUCGUAUCCAUCCGAAAUUAAAAAUCGAGACUCAACAACUCGGAUACAUUUUCUGACUUUCGCGCGAAAAUUCAAAUUUUACGAAUCGCAGGCUUAAAAUGAAAAUUCAGUAGAGAAAAAAUUCUUGUUUGUUAUCUAACAAGCGGGGCUUGGAAUUUUCAUUUUUGUUCUAUUUUGUCGUCUUCGACAUCCAAAUAAUUAAUCCGGUCUCGAGUCUCGAUUAUAAUAAUAAUAGUAAAUGCAUUUUGAUCGUUUCACAUCUAUGCAAUCCUAAUCCAAGAGCCUCUUGAAAAAGUCAGUGCAACUUCCAUAUAUAUACUCUCCGGAUUCAUUUUCAAAAUUAUUCUCUUUAAUAGUUUAUCGUGUCAGCCCAUUAUCAUGAUAUAUCAAAAGUCAAAGAAUCACUGAGUAAUUGGAUAUCGAUUGAAUGAGACUCGCUAUAGAAAUUAACAUCGAUGCUUACCAUAGAUGAUCAUAUACAAACAUCUAGAAAGUAUCGGACGAUUAAAUAUAGCGCUGAAUUUUUCUUUGUGUUCCUUACGUCCCGACGAAGCCAAAUAAUUUUUGUAAUAUCUGUGUUGUACGACUGCUGUGGACAAAGUUAUAAAUAUACACAUAUGUAUAUACAUAUAAAUAUAAAGUAACAAAUAUGUAUGUACGUAUGAUACACGAGUGCGAAAGAAACGUGGAUACGUAUAUAUAUAUAUACACACACACGCAUAGGUAAUAUACGUAAUAACGAUAUUUAGGUCAUAUCAUGGACUUUUAAAGAAAAAGUUGACUCACAAACCCCCACAAGAGCGCUGAAAAAAAAAGAAAAUACGAAGAAAAAAAAUGUCAAGUGACAGCAACAAAAGAUGCCUGUUCUUUUUUUUCUCAAUGUAUCGUAAACUACGAAUGAAAACACGUGUUUGAAAUUUA